AUGAACCCCUACUCAAGGCCGAUAAAACACAUCCAGCGCGAGGAGCUGUACACCAAUCUGGAAAUUCGAAUCCAGUACCUCCACUCAUUUCUCGACUUUUCAAGCCGUGACAUUGAUGCCCUCAUUAGCGACUCCAAAUACAUCAAAGCCCUUAUCCCCGCUGUCGUCAACAUUGUCUACAAAAAGCUCCUCCAGUACGAUAUUACUGCCCGCGCCUUCACCACCAGAAGCACAUCAUUUGAGGGUCCUCUCGAUGAGAUCCCCGAUGAAAACAGCCCGCAGAUUCUGCAUCGCAAGAUGUUCCUGCGGGCGUACCUGAACAAGCUGUGUUCAGACCCAAGCAAGAUGGAGUUUUGGGAGUAUCUCGACAAAGUUGGCAUGAUGCACGUCGGUCUUGGCCGAAAACACCCCCUACACAUCGAAUACGUCCAUCUCGGCGCCUGUCUAGGCUUCAUCCAAGACAUCAUGAACGAGGCCAUCCUCUCCCACCCACGCCUCCACAUCCAGCGCAAAAUCGCCCUCGUCAAGGCCCUCAACAAGGUCAUCUGGGUGCAAAACGACCUCAUGGCCAAGUGGCACGUCAAAGACGGCGCCGAGUUCGAGUCGCCCGACUCCGACAUUGAGAUUGAGCGCGAGGGAUACCUGCACGGCAAGAAGAUUCUAAGCGACGAAGAUAUGAAGGACCAUACGAAUGGUGAGGGAGCGCCUGAUGCGGAGGACAAGGCGAUACCGCAGGGAACGUGUCCCUUUUCUGGCGUGUCGGCUGCCGGAGCUUCAGUAAAGCAUGGAGACUCUGAGGCGGCAUAA